AACGUAUAAUUUUACUCAAGAAAAUCAAUGGAGGGAGACUUGAUGACGUCCAACAAUUUAUAAGGAUUUCAAUUUUGAUUCCAAUAAUCAAAACAUUAAACUCUUCGUCUUCCCCUAAAGCCCUACGCUCUAAAUCAGUAGUUGAGCAAACCUCUUUCACAAUGAGCAGAUCCGGCCAGCCUCCAGAUCUCAAAAAAUACAUGGACAAGAAGCUCCAGAUUAAGCUGAAUGCAAAUCGGUUGGUUGUUGGUACACUUCGCGGAUUUGAUCAGUUUAUGAACCUAGUAGUUGACAACACCGUUGAGGUGAAUGGCAAUGAGAAAACUGAUAUAGGCAUGGUGGUGAUCAGAGGAAAUAGCGUUGUUACUGUUGAAGCACUUGAACCCGUAGGCCGGAUGCAGUAAUUCAGGUUUUUCGUUCCAAAACUUGGAUUUCACUUUCUGUAUCUCUUUCACUUAUUGUGUCUAGGCUGCUAGCUUAGGGCUUGAUAUGUUAUAUGAUCGAGAAUUCGUAGGAAUUUGUUAGAUUGAUAUCCAUGGAUUCUGUUCUUUCUUUUCGCUAUCCUUUGAUCUAUUAUCACUUUAACGGAAACAA